AUGAUGCUACUGCAUAAUGUGCUCCAACACUACCAAGAAAAUGAGGGACCUGAAGUCCUAUCAAAAGCCUUCAAUUCAAAUGUAGUACAAACUCCAUUUCAAAUUCCUGCUUGUCCAACUGUCUCAAACGACAGAUAUAAAGAGUUCAGGAAAUUCCUUCAUUGCUGCAAGCUUCCCUGAAGAGCAGAGGAACACGGAGGAAUUACUCUGCAUGUACUGCCAGAAGACAACUGAGCAAGGGAAAAGUCUCCAUGUACAUUUGUUAAGGAUGUGCUCCCUAUGGCACCCAAACCAGCACAGAGUGCUCGAGGUGGGGCUGCACCAGUGCAGAGCAGAGGGGGACAGUCACUGCCCCCUCGCUCAGCUCACUGCACUCUGCUGGAUGCAGCCCAGGGUACAGCUGGCCCUUUCAGCUGCCAGGGCACUCUGAUUGUUGUCAGUGAAAAGCACCAUGCAGUUUGGUUGGAUUCUGUGAGCCCUUUGGUAUCAGAAGGAGCUGAAAGUGGUCCCCAGAGUGUAGAAAUACUUAGUUUUAGGAGGCUUCCUAAUGAACAACACUAUGCUGUCACUCAGCUAGAAAAAACAAAAAUUACGUGUAUGAAUGACGAGCUGCUUCCCAAACCACCAGACACUUUGGCUAGACCACUGUGCCUGCCAUUUUCCCCCUCUAUCUACCCCACACACAUUUCUAGGUACACCAUGUUCCCAAACUUCAGAUCACCUCAGGGUUGAUACACUGGGAUCAAGUCAAGCAGUCAUCAACCUUUCCAUCCCAGUAUCUCUAGCAAGACUUUUGACAUGGUUGUUCUGAGGAAGACCAGAGAGCUCAAAUAUAACUUUUCUCCAAGAAUAACAAAUAUGCUACAAAACACUGAAAGGACUCUGGAGAUCACAACAUACAGUCAGGUAUUCACAGGGAAAGUUACAAUAUAUGGCCUUAUCCUGGAUAACUAUUACAUAAAAGCAGUUUGCAGAAUGACUGGAGAACUAGAUGAAGACACAGAACUAAUAAAUACUGCAUUUACUAAGAAUCUCAUGCUUCCACCACAACAAUUCUGCAGAAACAUUUCUGAUGGUCUGUCACAAGUGACACCUCUUGAAGGGUGCACUGCCUGCUUAUUUCAAAGUGAACAUCCCCAUGAAUCAAUUCUGCAAGACUGGCCCAAAUUUGAAUCCCUUCCAAAAUCUGCAUGUUCACUUUCCUAUGAAGUAGAGGAUGGGCCAAGAGAGAUAACACUGCCUGAAUAGAUACCUAGCUAUGAAGUUCCUUAGCACCAGACAGUGCUGAUGGAGCUGCAAGAUUCCUUCUCUAAGACAGCAGCACAAAAACAUUUACAUGAUUCUGUAAAAGGGAAUAGAAAAAAUCUCACAGAUAACACUACUGAGAGAAAGAGACACAAGAACUAUGGUUUCAAUACUUUUUUAUUUCUUUAA